AUGGAGGGAAACGCACGAAUACCACUACUUCAGUUAUUCCCAGAACUGACAACGCCAAUAUUGGCGGACCAGAUCGAGGAGAGACGGCUGUCCAUGCCAACACCACCAGUGGUCGCCCCAGCACAGAGACCCGAUACAGCGAUACCGCCCGCUCGAGACGUGAAGCUCAUCUUCAUCUGUGACUCUUUCUACGCGCCCUCACACUGGAGUCGUCUGCAUGCGAAGCUCAUCCACCUCAAGCUUUACCUUUGUGAAUUUCUCGAGCUAGGGAGCACUCAGGUCCCGGAGGACCCGUCUGGCCGCAAAAACCUCAGAGACGACACUAGUCAGAUUCAUGCCGCGACUCUUCGAGCCCUGCAGGCAGGCACAGAUGUAAUUAUCAUUGCUCACGGCUAUGCUGGCUGUCCGACCAACAAUGCGCUUCAAGGCCUCGACAUUCGAUCUCGCACAGCCGCAGGCGCGAGCACGUGUGUCAGGGGACUCAUAUUUAUCGCUGCCAUGCCUUUGAUGACAGGCUUGACCGUGUUGCAGCAGUUCGGCGGUAUUGCUCUUGAUUGCCAUGUCUUUGAGGAGCACGGCACUUUCAUUUUCAUGAAGAAUCCUCCUGGGGCCGCCAAAUGUUUAUUCAAUGACCUGCCAGAUGACGAAGCUCACCUAUGGGCUAGCAAUCUGCUCGGUCAAUCUUGGAUGGCUUACUGCGAGCAAACCGAUCAUGCCGCCUACGAGCUCAUUCCGUCGGUUUACGUGAAGUGCGGCGAGGAUCGGGCCUUCCCACAUGGAUGGCAAGACGCAGUGAUUGAGAACUCACAAAGUAUCGGAGCAAUCCUGAAGGUGCACGAGAUGCGCCGAUUCGAGGAUGAGUUUGCGAUGUUCAUCUACGAGACCGUGGAGGAUUUGCGAUACCGCGAUAUGCAGUGGCUGAUGUAG